AUGCCUAACAGCAGCUCUGUGAGUGAGUUCCUCCUGCUUGCAUUUGCAGACUCGCGGGAGCUGCAGCUCCUGCACUUCGCACUUUUCCUGGGCAUCUACCUGGCUGCCCUCCUGGGCAACGGCCUCAUCCUCGCCGUCGUAGCCUGCAACCACCACCUCCACACCCCCAUGUACUUCUUCCUCCUAAAUCUCGCCCUCCUCGACCUGGGCUGCAUCUCCACCACUCUCCCCAAAGCCAUGGCCAAUUCCUUGUGGGACAACAGGGCCAUCUCCUAUCAAGGAUGUGUUACCCAAGUCCUUUUUUUAGUCUUCUUCAUUGGAGCAGAGUAUUCCCUCCUCACUGUCAUGGCCUACGACCGCUACAUUGCCAUCUGCAAGCCCCUGCACUACGGGAGCCUGCUGGGCAGCAGAGCUUGUGCCCAGAUGGCAGCAGCUGCCUGGGGCAGUGGCUUUCUCAAUGCUGUCCUGCACACAGCCAAUACAUUUUCCCUGCCCCUCUGCCAAGGCAACGCUGUGGACCAGUUCUUCUGUGAAAUCCCCCAGAUCCUCAAGCUCUCCUGCUCAAAUGCCUACCUCAGGGAAAUUGGGGCACUUGUGUUUAGUGUUUCUUUAGUCUUUUGUUGUUUUGUUUUCAUUGUGCUGUCAUACAUGCAGAUCUUCAGGGUGGUGCUGAGGAUGCCCUCUGAGCAGGGCCGGCACAAAGCCUUUUCCACAUGCCUCCCUCACCUGGCCGUGGUCUCUAUAUUUGUCAGCACUAUCAUGUUUGCCUAUCUACAGCGGCCUUCAAACUCAUUCCCAUCCCUGCACCUGGUGGUGGCAGUUUUGUACUCAGUGGUGCCUCCAGCAGUGAACCCCCUCAUCUACAGCAUGAAGAACCAGGAACUGAAGGAUGUUAUAAGCAAACAAUUUACCCACAUUUCUUAA